AUGGCGUUCAGGCCAGGCGACGAGGCUAAGGAUAUGAGAAUUCAAAAUCGGUUUGCUAGCAAACCCCAUGGGCCAAUCAUCCGUAGAGGGGGCGUUAAGGUCAGAGUUUUUCUUCCAAAUCGUGAGGCUCAGUUCAAGAAAUGGCGCGUGAUGAGCUGUACCUUUGGAGUAGCAGGAUACUCGCCUAAGAUUCGCAAAUCAGAAACGAACGUGCAACACAUUGCGGUGGAGACUGGGAUAGAUGAAGAUAUUCAACUUAAAACGAUAUUACUUGCGGACAAGCUGUCUUUUAAACCUGGACCAAGCGGCAGUGAGCCACACGAAACUUUCAAGCAUUCCCCAUUUCGAUUUGCAAGUCAGGAACAGGAUACUUCGGCGAAAAGGAUGUCCAGAUGUGCCACUGUCACCCUGCAGCUAAAAGAUUCCGGUAUCACAAACGGUGACAGGCUACUUCACUUCAGCUUGGCGUGCAACAAACAGCACGCCUGGGUGCGGAAAUCUGAUGCCGAAUGGACUGGCCAGACCUCUAUCUUCCUCUCUAUCUUCAUGCUGCUGACGCAGUCUAUUGCUAUCCCCGUGCCUGACCCGGUUCCCGCUCCGAAGGACGGCGACGUUGCUUUGGCGGAGAGAAGAUUCCCGAAGCUGCCAGGGUUCGGAUUGCCAAAGGAACUUUGCCCGCAGCCCCCUCCGCAGCCCCCUGUCCAGCAAACGAAUCAGUGCUCCACCGGUGUCCCGUACUGCUGCAGCACUGAAGGAGGGUCCCACAACUGUGUGAACUCCCACGUCGAAUGCACGCAAACCGUUAUUUGUUGCAACAACAACUUCGGGUUCCAAGUGUGCAUGGGUGACAUCGACUUCAACAUGCCGAUCAACAUCGAGAUUAACCUUUAA